AUGGCGGGUUCAGCCGGAAGCUUACGCUCUGGUUUACUAAAUAUACAGAGUGCUUCUCGACAGAAAUCAAGGGAAAUGAAAGAUUCUAGUGACAGUGAUGACGAUGAACUGUUUGACGGCGAGAAGCUGAAGACAAAAUUAAUGUCUAUGUGGAACAACAUGAGACAUGGUCAGUAAGUUGAUAUCAAAUAUACCAUUUUAAUAUAUAUUUACUCAUCAGCUAAAAUAAUACGUCUAUCAUAUCAUCGUAGGUCUCUGAACAUACUUAUUGACCUGGUAGACGAUACCUUUGUUUAUCUUUCUCAUGGGUGUUUUUAUUUUUCUCCCUCGUAGCCGUGAGAACUGUGAAAAUUGUAAUUUAUACGAGCUUGAAUUGAAAACAUCACGCACAAGGCAUAUCGUUCGUGUUGUAAGUCAACAUGAUCACACACUCGUUUGAUUUGUGUUGUCCUUUGCUUAAGGAAUGUGAUAAUGCAGCUGGAAAAAUAAAUUGAACUGUUUGGAGACCAUUUUGACCUGAAAUUAACUCUUUAACUAUCACACAUACCAUUUGCCAAGCAUACAUCUAUAUGUUUAGAGCUUCACUCUAAAAUUGCAGUUGUCUUUUUUUUCUCGUUGAAUAGUGAUGGAGAUGGAAGGGGAAAGUACGAUUUGGGCUGAAUUUUUUCUGUUUGGGAUGCCUUCCACACAAAUCACAUUCAGAUUUCAAAAUCCCUUGCCAUUCUCUAUUUUUGAAGACUGCUUUGGAAAAGAUCCAAAGGUUUACCAGUGUUUUGGUUUGACAAAUAAAAAUAUUUAGUUUUUUUUUUACAAUUGCUUGAUUGUACACUCCUUGAUUUUGGAAAAUUUCCACUGAUCUUUAACGGUUGUUAUAAUUCCUUGGUUACCAGGUUUCCAAAACAUUUAAAAGGUUCUCACAUUUUUUUUUAUAAAAUCUGUUCUCUGAUUAUUAUUCUUGGGGAUAAUUUGUGCUUGCAAAUAGGUCUUUCAUCCCCAGAUCUGAUUGUUAAUUCUCCCCUUUAGCUUUUACACAUGUCCUCAUAACAAAGUUGCAAGAAUUUGGUGUUAGAGAGAUCAAGAUAUCAACUUCAACCCAGCUGAUAAAUUUGAGUAUUCUUAUUACCUGUUUGCUGGAUUAUGUCUGGAUAUUAUAGAGAGAAGUUACAUGUUAAUCUCUCCUGGGUGUUAAUGGGUUAAGUUGUCACCAUUUUGAAAUAACUCUAAUGUGUCUAAUGGUUACUAUGUGCUGCAGAUCUUGCAAAUUUAUCUGAUUAUCAAUUGAAACAUUAUUUAUUUAAUAUUUUUACAGGAUUUGUUGUGCCUUUCAAAGCACAUUUUAAUGAAGAUUCACCAAUAUGGCUUUUAGGAAGAUGUUAUCAUGCUAGAAAUCAUGGUAAAGGUUAUGCCUAUCAUUUAGAACUUUUGUCAUCAAGAUAGCCCAAUGGAUAGUACUGUAGACUUAGUAAAAAAAGCUGGGAAACUUUCAGGGAGUUUUCAGAGAAGACACUUGAUACUUACACAGCCUUUCUGAACCCAGAAUUUUUUAAAUGUUUAAAUUCUACAUGUUAUCAUUCUAGAAAUCAUGGUAAUUUUUAUGCUUAUCAUUUAGGAUUUUUGUCAACAAGAUAGCCUAAUAGACAGUACUGUAGACUUGUACCAAAAGCUGGGGAAUGGUCCAUUUUACAGUUGUGUGCUUGGUUGCCAAGCCUUUGAAUAGGAGUGAGGCUAAGGGUGACCUUGUUAUGAUACAAACCUUGCUGCUUUUCAGAUGUAAAUUACUUUGUUAUCAUGCUAACUAGAUACUGGUCUCUAUCACAACAAGGUCACCUUCAGCCUCACUCCAAAUCAAAGGCUUGGCAACUAAGUGCACAAAUGUAAAGUGGCCUAUGGUUUAGAUGUGGAGGUGACACUUGAUACUUACAGAGCCUCUAUAAACCCAGAAGUUUUUAAGACCAUUUCACCUUCAAGAUCUCGCUGGUAAUUCCCCAUUCAGUUUGCUAUACAAAUCUCUCUAUUUAGGUUUGGAGAAUUUGGUAUUGGAUCAAUUUAAAAUCCACUAAUUGACAUUUUUCUUUAUUCUCAUCCCUUGUCUGCUUGGUAUUGUAAGGAAAAUUAUGUCAUGGUCUUUCAUGGGAAUUAAAGUUGUACAAUAUGCAUACACAGUCACACACUGAAGGAAGUUUUCUCCUCUUACAGAAUUUAGUGGAGUACACUCAACAGAAAAGUGUAAAGUUUUAAGCAUGGAUGAAUUUCAAAGAGACUUUCACUCAUUAAUCUGGCUGACCUAUCGACGAGAAAUUCCGCAACUCGGUGACUCAACGUUAACCACUGAUUGUGGCUGGGGAUGCAUGUUACGAAGUGGACAAAUGAUGAUUGCAACUGGUUUGGUCUAUCAUUUCCUAAAGAGAGGUAUGAAAAUAAUAAAAAAAAAGAAUUAAACUUUGCAAUACAGAGAAACCUGUAUUAUGCAGUGGUGAUUACUUAGGUUUUAGUGUUGGACACUUGGUUGAAAACUGCUCUUGAUCUCCUGAUUCUUUGUAGAGUUUAGGACAACAGGAAGAUGCAUAAGCAGAGAACAAGAACAUUUUUACAAAACAGUGAGUAAUAAAUGAUGAGCUGGUCUUUUUUUGUCCCUUUCUAACUAAGGCAUUGCCUUGUAAAUGUUUGAUUCAGCAGUGAUGCUGUCAUACUGUGAGGAAAAAUCACAUAUUGGUAAUUCUUCACUUAAGAUUAACCCCUUCAACUCCCCAGAUCUGAAUGUCAAUUCUCUCCUAGAGCUUCUUUGCAGUUCCUUGUAAAUUAAUUUUGAGAAUUUUGAAUUCGAUCAAAAUAACAACCUCUAUCUGGCGAGUAUGAGUAUUCUUGUUACCUGUAAGCUGGAGAAUGUAUGGUUAUUUUAGGGAGAAAUUACAAGUUAAUCACUUCUGGAAGUUAAAGGGUCAAGAGAUUAAAGGGUCAAGAGAUUUAAGGGUGAGAUCAAGUACCUGCUCUGCAGGUUGGCUAAAAUGUCAAUAUAUGAAUUCCAUAUACACAAUUGUUCUUGGUUGCGUUUCCUUUAGAUUCUUCGAUUUUUUGGAGAUUUAGAAGAUGAAGAAAGAUGCCCGUUUUCACUGCAUCGCCUUGUCUCAAUUGGGGCACACACUGGAAAGCAGGCAGGGGACUGGUACGGACCUGCUUCAGUUGCUCAUAUUCUCAGGUACAUAAUUUAACAUAAUUUGAGACCAAGUCAAUCAGGCAACACCCCUGCCCCUCCCUUCCCCCCCCCCUUCCCCCCGAAAAGAAAAAAUAAAGAGGAACAAUUGGUUAAAACUAACACCUGUAUUCUCGGCAAACAAAACGCAUAUUUUUAGGAAAGGUAAUUAUGACGAAUUGCGAAAGCAGGCUCUAGGCUUGGAUGUUACAUCACUGUCUGUUCUCGUCCUUGCGUUGAGGGUUUUCCUGUGGCUGCUUCCUUCAGAAAACCUGUCACAAAUUCCAAAAUCUUCUUGUGUCCUUGACACGUUAGAAGAACAGCCGUCUUGUAGAUGUGCCACUUCUAAAUUCGUAUUUAUUGUUCAAUGUCUUCUUCUUUGACAGACUUGCGAUGGCAGGAGGAACGCAUCCUUUACUUCACAACAUUAACGUUUAUGUUGCUCAAGAUUGUACAGGUAAAUUACAUGUAUGCAUUCAAAAUGAAAACUGGGAAAUGGUUGGGGUGCAAAUGUCUUCCAUGGUAUUGCAAAAAAUGUACGAAUUUUCGUCAGUAGUUUUGGAGAAAUUUGGUGAAAGAUGCGGGCUUAAAAUGGCAGAUCAGCCAACGGUUUGAGCCAACUACCGACUAGCCUGCGAGUAUGCACUCAUUUCUAGCGCCUCAGCUCGGGUUUCGGUUCGCUAGCGGGAAAGUUUCAGGCCUUGAGCGACGCAAACCGUCGAGACGUCUUCAAGGGGUCUGAUAAUGAGGUCUCAUUAUUAGUGCCAGACCCCCAACAAAUCACUCCUCAGCCCCUCUCAAAGAUACCCACGGGCGGAGAAACGCGCAUCCUGCAGCGCGUAUAUUGAGGGCUUACUCGCAAGUUAGCUGUAGGGUUUAAUUAACCCUUUAGCUGCCAAGAUCUCAUUAGUAAUUCUCCUUACUGUCUGCCAUAUAGUUCUUGUGAUGUUAGUUUGGGGAAUUUGGUAUUGGAUCAGCUAAUAAUCCCCUAGUUAAUGUAUUUUUUUAUUCUCACCACUUGUCUGCUUGACAGUGUAUUGAAAUUGUAAGGAGAAAUUAUAUUUUGGUCACUCUUGAGAGUUAAAAGGUAAACAGCAUUGUCUCAUGUGAACCUUUCGUCUUAUUACAGUUUAUACAGAUGAAGUAGAAAAGCUUUGUACGAGUUGUAGAACACACACUUGGAAUUGUUCCGGUGGCAAGUGGCAAUCUGUUAUUAUUUUAGUUCCUGUUCGGCUUGGUGGUGAAGCACUAAAUCCCAUUUAUAUACCUUGUGUUAAGGUAAGGGAUACUAAGUCGGUGUCUAAGAAAGUCCGGCACAAGCGAAAAAAUGAAAGUUUAUUUGCAGCGUAAAGAUAAAGGAGAGAGAGAGGGAAAAUAAAGGCAAUUUUAAGCCGGCGAGUAGGGAAUCACUGUUAUUGCUUCGACAUCAGCUUUUUUGCCCUUGCAAAAGUAUGAGGCCUUGAACAACGUGACAAUUCACCUUACAUCUCUCCGCGCUGAUAGUGCGCAUGGCCCGCUCUUAGGCAAGCCCAUGAGCUGUUAUCCACCGUGUCACCCAGCGAGAGACGUGGAAAAUGCAACAACUAUUUGAAACGAUAUACUGUCCAGCGCAAAGUUUCUGAUUUUCUUUUUCCUUCUAGUCUCUUUUUACUUUAGAUCAUUGUAUUGGAAUCAUAGGUGGACGACCUAAACACUCUCUUUAUUUUGUUGGUUUCCAAGGUGAGAAAACCCUCCUCUUUGUUUAAAUCAGUAGUGUCCUCGGUUUAUUGGCCUGUGUCAAGCGUUUAGUUGUUGAAACGAUCCGCGAUAGUAUAUGGCGCAAUACAGUUACGGAGGAGUGACACAACGAGGGAGGCUUGGGCCGGGUUCCGUCCCAGACUUCCCUAGUUUUCGCUAUACCGCUACCAUCGCGCUGUUUGCUAUGUCACUUUGUUUAGAUACUAACUGAACGCACGGAAUAGGCUACCCUUAGCCACCUUUGUUUCCUUCCUCACCUUUAUUGCUUUAAUAUUCCCGCUACUUCAAAUCCUUGGCCUUCUUAUCACAAGAUAAUCGAACCUUAUUGUCAUUAUUAUAUUUAUUUUUUACAGAUGACAAAAUGGUUUGUUUAGACCCUCACUACUGUCAAGCGGCUGUAGACAUGUCUAAGGAUGACUUUCCAACGCAGGUAAAUUUUUUAAAUUAAAAAGCACCCACUAAGGAUUUACACCUUGUGAAAGGGGAUUACAUCUUUAGUAACAAAACGGUUUCAAGAUUGUAUGACUUUUUCUUGCUUCCAACAGUGGAAAAUUUAAAUGGCAGGUCCACAUUCAGUUCACUUAUCAAUAAAGCACAGAAAUACGUGUGUUCGUUAAGACACAAACCUAAAAACAACGUGGUCGUGAAGAAAUACACGCUUCACUACUUGCGUGAAAAGAAUGCGCGUAUGGGAAGAAAGCUAGUGAUGCGGUGCGCACGAGAAGGAUCGCAUAGAUCGAUCGCACACACGAAAUGUGAACAUAAAAGACACAAAAACGUGGAGGAGUGGUGCGCGUGAAGAAACGCAAGGGUAAAGAUAUUCGGGCUUGAAGAAUUUUUUUUUGUAAUUACUUUUUGUCGCUUUUUCAUCAAUUCAUAGAGUAAAUUUUUCGAUUUGAAUUUUUUCUUGCUUUUAAUUUUAUUGAUUGAGCGUGUUAUUUUGCUUUCAGUCUUUUCACAGUGUUCAGCCACGCACAAUGUCGUUUAAAAAAAUGGAUCCCUCGUGUACGAUAGGUUUUUAUUGUGAUACCAAAGCUGACUUUGAGAGAUUUCGACAACAGACCACAGAGGUGAGUGCUUUAUUGAGCAAUUUUUAACUGAGUGUCGAAACGAAAUUGCAUCGGUUUUUCAUUACUUUUCUGUGUGAUCAGUUCAAAAUCUCGAGCUACUCUGUGGGCCAACCAGAUGCAAAACUAACGCCAAUCACGACUCGGUCGUGUGCGUUUUCCCGCGCUUUGGGCAGUUCGGUUGUUUUUUCUUUAAGCUCUCAUUGGCUCAAUUUUCCUUUCUUCUGAUUGGCCGUUGGUAUUACUUUGUUUUUGGUUUUACAUCGCACAAUCGAAAGGCGCUCUGGGAAAUAUUUUGGUGUCUUGUUAGACUGGUAAGGGUUUCGGCCACGAGCCUUUUUAGAACUUGUCUUAGAUAAAGUGUUGUUCUGAAGCUUUGUUUAUUUAUCUUUAACUAUUUUUUUAGGUUUUACGGCCUCCGAUGCAGCGCGGUGAUUAUCCUAUGUUCAUCUUCGCGUCUCAUCGGAAACCGAUGGCUUCCGAAGAUUUGGUUCGCAGCGCGGACCUAUCCGAGAGCCUUAUGGAGAGUGAUAGACCAGAGAGAUCAAACAACAGUGUCCCAAGUCCGUCGACGUUAAGCAGCAGUCCUCCAACUGAAGAGUAUGUCGUUCUUUGA